AUGAGCAAUUUGGAUGGGAAUGCUUUGUAUGUAAGUUAUUUUUAAUCUAAGUUUGUAGAUAUUAGAGGGUCGCAACGACAAGAAUUUUUUGAUAUUUUUUAAAAGACAUGUAGGGUAUAUAAGAUAGGGUAAGUACAAAGUAAAAAUACUACUUUAGCAGUAUCAACACCCAUUUUUUUAAAAAACGUCACAUGUUUUUUUCACUUACUAUGUCAUUUAUAGAGUAUUUGUGACAAAGCCUUGUUUGGAGAUCGUAGCGAUAAAAACGGCCGUUUGGCCAAAAUGGUGAAGAAUGCCAAAACAAUGGAAGAGAAAAUAAAAGUUAUGGAGCCGUGUAAGUAUUAUACUAUUCUUUACUUUUAGAUCAAAGAUAUUUUGCUAUAGCAAUACUUUUUUAAAUUUUAUUAGGGUGUUCUAAUUAUUCUGUGUUCCAGCCAAAGAAGACUUUUGUGGUUAGGGGGCACAGAAUUAUUUGCACAACAUAAAAAUAAGAUCGGUUAUUAUCAGACUCUACUAUAGCCCUUCUUAAGAAUUAUUUUUAAGAAAAUCCUACGAAAAAGGCAAGCUGGGUAUACAAAAAAUGUUCGGGCUAGGACUAAAAUACUGAAUAAAUUGUGACAAAAAAACAUUUUCAGUGGUUCAAAAAUGUGAACGCUUUAAAAGCGACAAAUCUACCGUGACUCCAUAUCAAAAAAAAGCAUUGACAGCUGAAAAAGCUGGAGAAAAGAUGGCUAAAGAUUUGUGUAAAGACUUGAAAUAUUGUUAA